AUUGAUCACCGUUAAGAGACUUUGUCUAGUGUCCCGGAGCCUGUCGUCAUACAGACGGAAGUCACUCGAAGGGCUAAGCUCUGAUUGCGCCUUAAUCUGCACCCUGCAGGCCGACUGAUCUGAUUACCGAUACAUUUUUCUACAUCUGGUGUGGUCUUGAUUUGGAAUUAAAGACGUCAAUCUCGACCCCUCCCCCGCGGCUCCCUUAUAAACACCACGCCCUCCCCCCACCUUCCCUUGCCCCUCCAAGAGGCUGCAAAUACACGGCAACCAGCACCUCAUGCUAGCCUUUGCCUCUCUCACAAGAGCUUCUUCCAGAACAGCUUCCCAUAGAUUAGCUGGUUUCUCAAGGCACUUGUCCUCCUCGGCUUCAGUCAUGGCGCCCAUCAGCAAGGAGACCGACUACCUCGUCAUCGGCGGCGGCAGUGGAGGCCUUGCCUCUGCCCGUAUGGCGAGUUCCAAGUUCGGCACCAAGGCCAUGAUCAUCGAGAACCAGAGGCUGGGAGGCACAUGUGUCAAUGUUGGUUGCGUGCCCAAGAAGGUGACCUUCAACGCCGCCUUGAUCUCUGAGACGCUACACGAUGCGAAAGCCUACGGUUUCUCCGUCGAGCAGACGAAGCCAUUCGACUGGCCCACUUUCAAGGAGAAGCGUGAUGCCUACAUCAAGCGGCUCAACGGAAUCUACGAGCGAAACCUGAAGAACGACAAGGUCGAGUACGUCCACGGCUGGGCGCGCCUCCUGUCCAAGAACGAGGUCGAGGUCACCCUCGACGACGGGUCCAAGGAGACCAUCCGCGCCAAGAAGAUCCUCGUCGCCGUCGGCGGCGCACCCACGAUCCCACCCCACAUCCCCGGAUCGGAACUCGGAAUCAACAGCGACGGCUUCUUCGACAUCGACAAGCUGCCGAGCAAGGUCGCCCUGGUCGGAGCUGGCUACAUCGCGGUGGAGUUUGCGGGCAUGUUCAACGCCCUGGGGGUCGAGACGCACCUGUUUAUCCGCCAUGACCACUUCCUGCGGAACUUCGACCCCAUCGUCCAGGAGGGCGUGACGGCCGAGUACGAGCGGCUGGGCGUGCACCUGCACAAGGGCUCGUCGCAGUCCAAGGUGGAGAAGGACGACAACGGCAAGCUGAGCCUGCACUACAAGGACAAGAGCGGCGAGGGCGUGCUGAAGGACAUUGACCACCUGAUCUGGGCGGUCGGGCGGACGCCGCUGACCGACGGCAUCGGCCUGGACAAGGCCGGCGUCAAGACGAACGAGAAGGGCUACAUCGUCGUCGACGAGUACCAGAACACCUCGACCGAGAACAUCUACGCGCUGGGCGACGUCACGGGCCAGGCGGAGCUGACGCCCGUCGCCAUCGCCGCGGGCCGGAAGCUGGCGCACAGGCUGUUCGGCGGGCCCGAGUUCAAGGAGGCCAAGCUGGACUACACCAACAUCCCCUCGGUGGUGUUCGCGCACCCCGAGGUCGGCGCCAUCGGCCUGACGGAGCCCCAGGCCGUCGAGAAGUACGGCAAGGAGAACAUCAAGGUGUACAACACGAGCUUCACGGCCAUGUACUACGCCAUGAUGGAGCCGGAGCAGAAGGGCCCCACCAAGUACAAGCUCAUCUGUGCCGGCCCCGAGGAGAAGGUCGUCGGGCUGCACAUCCUGGGCCUGGGCAGCGGCGAGAUGCUGCAGGGCUUCGGCGUGGCGAUCAAGAUGGGCGCGACCAAGAAGGACUUUGACAGCGUUGUUGCUAUCCACCCGACGAGUGCCGAGGAGCUGGUCACGCUGAAAUAGACAGAUCACGGACAUGUGUAUAGAUUUAAAUGUGCCACUUGGCGUCGUGUUGAUUUAGAAACCAUGUCACGAAUUUCAGCAUUAACCUGAUUGCGAUAUUAAAAGA